AGCGUGAGUGGGUAGUCCUGUGGUCUCUCUGCAGAUCUCAGCUUCUCUCCUGCUUUGUCUGCGGGCGAGAAGGAAGAGAAGAACUUCUGGGUCUGACCAGGCCGCUGCAGGUAUGAGUGUGGAGACGUUCUACAGCAGCGAGGCUCCGAGGGGAUGGGGCUUAAAGAGGGCCGCCCGGCUCUACCCUCAUCUGCUGAUCCAAACGGAGCUGUGCUACAACGUGGAGCUGAUCAAUGAUCAUGUGCUCGCUGUUGGUGAGAAGGAGGUCCUGUUCUGGCUGUUUCGGCCUCCUCUGCAGGAUGGUCCACUGUCCGAGCAGUCCAGCCUCGCAGAGGGCGACGGGGGGAAAAUAGUAGAGAUCGGACCCAGGUUGAACUUCUCCACUGCCUGGUCGACGAACGCUGUGUCCAUCUGCAAGCACGCCGGGCUUAUCAACAUCUCUCGAGUGGAGCUGUCUCGCAGGUUUCUCAUCAAGCAUUGUGCUGGACAGGAUUUGGCCGGAUUUGAAGGCGAUAUAAAGCUCCUUAUAGAGUGUCUGCAUGACACCAUGACGGAGUGCAUUUAUCAGCAGCCCAUCACCACCUUCAGCGUGGAUGUCAGACCACAGGCGGUGUUUGAGGUGGACAUCAUGAAUGGAGGCCGUGCAGCCUUGGAGGCGGUGAACGAUGAAAUGGGCCUAGGCUUUGAUUCCUGGGAUCUGACAUACUACACAUCGAUGUUUAAGGAAAUUGGAAAAAACCCCACCAGCGUGGAGUGUUUCGAUCUGGCUCAGUCAAACAGUGAGCACAGCCGUCACUGGUUCUUCCGUGGCCGGAUGGUGAUUGAUGGAGAGGUGCAGAAGGAGCCUCUUUUUACCCUCAUCAUUGACACCCAGCAACACAGCAACCAGAACAACGUCAUAAAGUUCUGUGAUAACAGCAGUGGUAUCAGGGGCAUGGAGAUCACCUGCAUUUAUCCCAAAGACCCGUCCAAGGCCGGCCCGUAUGUGACGAAGCCCUCGCUACGGCACGUCAUCUUCACUGCCGAGACUCACAACUUCCCAACUGGUGUCGCUCCGUUCAGUGGUGCCACCACAGGGACGGGAGGCCGAAUUAGAGACGUUCAGAGUGCUGGUCGAGGAGGUCAUGUGAUUGCUGGCACUGCUGGAUACUGCUUCGGAAAUCUCCUCAUACCAGGGUAUAUCCUUCCCUGGGAGGCUCCAUCGCAACAAUGGGAACAUCCUUCCAGCUUUGCUUCGGCUUUGCAGGUUGCUCUGGAGGCCAGUGACGGAGCAUCUGACUACGGCAACAAGUUUGGAGAGCCAGUUUUGACAGGGUUUGCUCGCUCCUUUGGCAUGCAGCUGCCCGGCGGUGAACGGAGGGAGUGGAUUAAGCCGAUCAUGUUCAGCGGCGGGCUCGGCACCAUUGAAGAUAAAGACAUUAAAAAACUGGACCCUGAGACUGGGAUGCUGGUGGUGAAGAUCGGAGGGCCGGUGUACAGGAUCGGUGUUGGAGGAGGAGCGGCCUCUUCGGUUGAAGUCCAAGGCGACAACUCCAGUGAAAGAGACAUGGGAGCAGUCCAGAGAGGCGAUGCUGAGAUGGAGCAAAAAAUGAAUCGUGCACUGCGGGCUUGUCUGGAGAAUGACGGCGGAAACCCGAUCUGCAGCAUCCACGAUCAGGGUGCCGGAGGAAACGGUAAUGUGCUGAAGGAGCUGUGUGACCCAGCAGGAGCCGUCAUCUACUGCAGUAAAUUCAAGAAAGGUGACCCCACACUGAGCGUGAUGGAGCUCUGGGGGGCAGAAUACCAGGAGAGCAACGCUCUUCUGCUCAGACCGUCGGACUUGCCCUUCCUGGAGAGUGUGUGUGACAGGGAACGGUGCCCGUUUGAUGUGGUGGGAAACAUCACAGGCGAUGGCAAGAUCGUGCUGGUGGAUGAUACCGACCACCGGGACCAGCGGGCCAGCUCACAACAUCCUGUGGACCUGAAGCUGUCCUGGGUUCUGGGGAAAAUGCCCCAAAAGGAGUUUCAAAUGGAGCGACUGACUCCGAUCCUUCAGCCCCUGGCUCUGUCUGACGGGCUGACGGUGGAAGACGCUCUGCAGCGGGUUCUUCGCCUGCCCUCUGUGGCAUCCAAGCGCUACCUGACCAACAAGGUGGAUCGCUCCGUGACUGGGCUGGUUGCCCAGCAACAGUGCGUUGGCCCCCUUCACACCCCGCUGGCUGACGUCGCUGUUGUUGCUCUUUCACCGUUCGGCGUCCAGGGAGCCGCGACGUCCAUCGGGGAGCAGCCAAUUAAAGGGCUGGUGUGCCCGAAAGCAGGAGCUCGCAUGACUGUCGGGGAGGCUCUGACCAAUCUGGUGUUUGCCAGAGUCACCGCUCUGAAGGAUGUGAAGUGUAGUGGAAACUGGAUGUGGGCUGCUAAGCUGCCUGGUGAAGGGUCACGUCUCUAUGAUGCCUGCAAAGCGCUGUGUGAGGUUAUGGCUCAGCUGGGAGUGGCCAUAGAUGGAGGGAAGGACUCCCUGAGCAUGGCGGCGAGAGUGGGGAAGGAGACGGUGAAAGCUCCAGGUUCUCUGGUCAUAUCGACUUACGCCGUUUGUCCUGACAUUACUGCCACUGUGACGCCUGAUCUUGAGGAUCCAGACGGCAAAGGAGUGUUGUUGUGGGUCCCUCUCAGUCCCGGCCAUCAUCGUCUGGGAGGCUCGGCUCUGGCUCAGUGCUACAGUCAGCUGGGAGACUGCGUUCCUGACCUGGACCGGCCAGAACUACUGGUUUCCUGCUUCAACGCCACACAAGAACUGAUAGGCGAUGGCUUGCUGAGCGCCGGCCACGAUAUCAGCGACGGAGGCCUGAUUUCCGCUUUGAUCGAAAUGGCAAUUGCAGGAAAUCGUGGGAUUGAAGUCAGUCUCCAAUCCAGAGGAGCAAGAGUCUUUGAGCUGCUCUUCAGUGAGGAGCUGGGUCUGCUCCUUGAGGUUUCACAAACCGAUUGCGACAGGGUGCGCGAGGCGUACCAGAGUGCAGGCGUGGAGUGCCUUACGAUCGGCAGAACCUGCGGCUUUGGUCCGGACGCUGUGGUCACCGUGGCUGUGGAUGAGCAGGAGGUUUUGAAAGCGCCGCUUUUUCAACUGAGAGCAAUGUGGGAGGACACGAGUUUCCAGCUUGAACGUCUCCAAGCAAAUGAACAGUGUGUCGCAGAGGAAGAGGAGGGCCUUCGCCGCAGAACGCAGCCGUACUUCAAACUGACCUACAACCCCUCUGAAAUGCCUAUCUUCCCCAAAAAAUCCGAACUGCCGCCUCGCGUGGCUGUGAUCAGGGAGGAGGGCAGCAACGGAGACCGAGAGAUGUCCGUCGCUCUGUACAUGGCAGGCUUUGAGGUUUGGGACGUCACCAUGCAGGACAUUUGUGGCGGCUCUGUAACCCUGGAGCCUUUCAAGGCAGCUGUAUUCGUUGGCGGAUUCAGCUACGGAGAUGUCCUGGGAUCUGCUAAAGGUUGGGCUGCUGCCAUUUCCUACAACGACACAGCCAGAGCAGAGUUCAAACGCUUCCAGCAGCGCUCUGACACACUGAGUCUGGGAGUGUGUAAUGGCUGCCAGCUGCUUGCCCUGCUGGGCUGGGUCGGUGCGAAUGAAUCACAAACUGACGUGGUGCUGACCCAUAAUAAGUCGGGCAGGUUCGAGUCCCGGUUUGUCAACGUCGCAAUCCUGAACUCUCCGUCCGUGUGGCUUACCGGCAUGGAGGGCUCUGCUCUGGGAGUCUGGGUUGCACAUGGAGAAGGUCUGAUGCAAUUCCGUAGCGCCGAGGCUCAAAGGAGGGUCAUUUCUGGUGGACUGGCCCCCGUGCGCUACAUUGACGACGAGGGUCAUCCCACUGAAACGUACCCUCUGAAUCCCAACGGCUCCCCAGAGGGCAUCGCGGGGCUCUGCUCCACAGACGGACGGCACCUGGCCAUGAUGCCCCACCCGGAGCGCUGCACCCUGUCCUGGCAGUGGCCCUGGGCCCCCAGGGACUUCAGACCCUCGCUCACUCCUUCGCCCUGGCUGCGCAUGUUCAGGAACGCAGCAGCCUGGUGCAGCAGCCAAGAGAAGUAGGGUUUUCUGUACACGGUUGCGGUGCUGUUGUAAAUAAAGCAAAU